ACUGUCUCUGAACGUUUAGACGUAUCACUAUGUUUUGUCUGAAAGUUUUAACACUUUAUUUUCGCGAUUCGGACAUUUUAAGAAUUGUCAACUAAAUGAACUCUGGAUUUAUCCAUAAAAUUAUAUCACCUCUGGCAAACGCUUGCCACACCUUCGCCUGUGCAUCAGCUCUCAUUCAAAGCUCUCCAGAUGGGGUGCAAAUGUUGUAGGAUGAUUAAAAGUUAUAUUUAUGAUCCAUCUGUCCCUGUUGACGUCCAUGGUUCUAAACGGGAUCCCAUUGGAGGCCCAUUGUAUCAGUCCCACCAGCUGCCCGACGACGUGGAUCGCACAUCCAAGAAACAGGGCUUUCACAACCUGGGCUACACCAGCAGCAGCGGCAGUCCUGGAGUCUUGGGUCCCAACAAACUGGACAUCGACAACAACCACAUCAACCGGCUCCAUGCCAACCUCCCUAGUGAGCAGUCCAGGCCCACCAACCAUCCCCGAGCCGGAGGAGGGGUCGACAGGGAAGACCCCAGCCUCUACAUCCUCCAGCCCAAGACAGGGGACCUGAGAGAGCCUCCACCGCUCCCGAGUGAGCCCCCAGUUUACCAUAUCUCAUUGCUGAAGACAGAUCCGGGCACAAGAGGAGACAGGUUCCGUGAUUCAGGGCUGGGGAACGGGGGCUUGAUGGAAGAUUCAGAGGAUGGGUACCGCUACAGGGAGGACGACGAAGAGAGGGAAAGCGGAGUGGCGAGUACGCCAGACUACAUCGGCGACACGGCAGACGAGGAGAGUGUUCUCUCUGGGGACAUCCACACGAGCAGCACCAGUCUCUCGUCUGCAGACACCAAGGACGGCAAGUUGUCACUCUCAAAGAGAGAGGGAGUGAAGGAGAACGCAGAGGAGGACAAUCAGAGUGUCACUGACUCCAUGGUGGCAGAAGCUCUCGCUGCACUGGAAGCGGCGACAGCGGGGGAGGAGUAUGAGUGACAAUUCUGACCAACCAAUCACGAGAGAGAGAGAGAGAGGUGCAUCGUCUGAUGAUGACAGACUAGAUCUUGGUGAGAUCUGAAUUGAACAUAAGGGUGCUUUGUUUCAUCCUUUCUAUAAAUAAGCCAAAACUCUUUCUUAGGAAAUCAUUUUUGAAAGACCAAUAAACCAAGAACGCUUAGUAAGUUGGGAAAAUGGGGGGGGGUAGAAGAAACACUCUCUUGAAUUUGAAUCAAAUUCAGAGUGGACUUUGUGAUAUGGGCUGCAAUUAAGCUACAAAUUGUUUACAGAAAAAAAGAAAUGUACUCAUAAUUCUAGUUUGAACUGUAAGAGGCUUAACUAUUGACUUUCUGGAUGCUUGGCAAGGACCUGAAAUGAAAUGAAAUCCUUUAUUGUCAUUGUAGCCCUAUACACAGUACACAGUGGGACGAAAAUUCAUUCUCUACACGCACUAGGAACAGUAAGCACACACACUAGGAGCAAUGAGCAGUGCGCACACACACACUAGGAGCAAUGAG